CAUGAACUCACAUUUUCCUCAUCCAGGUAACAUUCAAAUCUCAUCGACUAAAUAAACUAAAAAAAAAAGAGAUGAAUCCUAUGUUUUACUUCCUUCUUGCCCUAACAGCUGUUUUGGCUACCACCGCAAACGCCGGGCCAGUUCUCGACGUGAAUGGUGAUAUCAUAUUCGGUGGCAGUUACUACGUUCUCCCCCUCAUAUGGGGCCCUACAGGUGGCGGCCUAACUCUCACCCCCCGUAAUGGCAACCAGUGUCCCCUCUUUGUCGGACUGGAGCGUUCAGAGGUCAACAGGGGCAUUCCCGUGAAAUUCUCAAACUGGAUGUCUAGAGUUGGGUUCGUUCCCGAAUCAGAGAACCUCAACAUCAAGAUGGAUGUCGAACCUACGAUCUGCGCUAAGUCAACUUAUUGGUGGGUUACUACAGCCCCCAGUCACUGGAGAUCGUCGUUCAUAGCGGUUGGUCCUAAGCCAGAAGCUGGAGGAGAAGAUUCGUCGAGGAGUUUCUUCCAGAUCAAGAAAACUAGAGCAAACCUUAACGCUUACAAGUUUGUAUUUUGUAGGGACGGUAACGAUUGCACCGAUGUCGGUAAAAACGAGGAAGGUGGCGUUCGGGGUUUGGUUAUAGGCUCUACCCCACCAUUCGGUAACCCAUUCGAGAUUGUGUUCGUGAAAGCUACUGAGACAGAGAGUUCACCCAAGAUUAUGUCUAUUAUCUAAGAGAAAUAAAGACCCCUUAAUAAAGAGGAUAAGAGUUAUAACUUACGUCUAAUAAUAAAACUCUAUCCGUUUAUGCUGUUUUCUUUGUUGGUCAAUCAUCAUCAUCAUCGUAUCUGGAAUAAAAACAUCUUUACUUUGUUUC